AUGCCCGAGACGGCGAGGUACACGGCGCUGGUCGAGCGCAACGCCAAGCAGGCCUCGGCGGACAUGUCCUGGGUGCUGCACACCGAGAUCAAGGAGAGCGCCGCCGAGAAGACGGCCCUCGCCGCCGGCGUGGAGUGGGGCCUCCUCUCGGCGUGGAGUGGAGCGGUCGAGGAGCUGUUCCGCAUCGCGCACGCGCAGGCGCUGAUCGCGCUGUGCGGCACCAUCCCGGGGUACUGGUUCACCGUCGACUGCAGCAGUGUUCUGCGAUCAUUCACUCAAUCGUUUGCUAGUCUAUUCUGGUGA